AUGCUUUUAAAUUUUUGUACAAUACUUUGGGAUUUAUACGAUAUAUUCGACGAUUUCAUUCUGUUUGGCGAUAACAUGUGCAUUACAACCGGGAGUGCAUUGGUUUUAUUGAAAACUAGUUACCAUUAUUACUAUAGCGAAGAUUUCAAGAAAAUGUUCGAAAAACUGCAACAAUACUGUGAUGAAAAUAAUCAACGUGAGCAAACGAUUCGUGAUUUACAACGUAAAUAUUUCCUCGAAGAGAUAUUUAUCCUGAUUGUUUGCUUGUUCACGGGAACUUUAUUGAUUAUUGCCAUUUGCUGCCAUACACUGUUUGACAGGACCAUCCCGUAUCGCGCCAAAUUUCCAAUUGAAAUACAUUCAUCCCAAAGGCUAACGAUUGUGUUCCUUUUCCAAUUAAUCAUGUGCUGUUACUUCAUCUGGACGGUCGUAUUCAUAGACAGCAUUGGUGGACAGGUUCUGAAUCAGAUAUCACUGAAUUUUCACGUUCUGUGUAUGGAUUUUCAGAAAAUUGGCGAAGGGCUAAUUGCCAAUUCAAGAUCUGACGACAGACAAGCCAGGGAGGCAGAAAACUCAAAACUAAGACAAAAUUUAAAGGAACUAAUCCAACGGCAUCAGAAAUUAAUAAGUUUUGGAAAACAUGCGAACGCAAUUUACCAACCAAUACUUAUGAUUCAACUUGUAGCUAGUGUAUCUAUGCUUUGCCUGACUUCAUUUGAAGCAACUCUGACAAUGGAUAAUAUUGCCUUGUUCUCGAAGUUUGCGGUUUAUUCUAUAGGUUCAAUCGUUCAAAUUUUAUUUUGGUGCUAUUAUGGUAACAGAGUUUUCUAUAUGUCAUCAGCAAUCCACGAGGCGAUGGUGCAGUCUAACUGGAUCUCGGGCGACAUUUCUUUUCAGAAAGAUCUUAUUCUGGUAUUGAUGCGUGCCCGAAAGCCGUUCAGAUUUGAUGCUUGCGGUUAUUUUCCUAUCACGUAUGAAACUUUUAUAACUGUUUUGAGUCGUUCAUAUUCACUAUUUACACUAUGUAGAACAGUUAGUAAGUAAGUUGUAGGCAUGUAUUUUGUGGAAUACUAUUUAGAAUGGGAAUAGGCAUUCAUAUAAGUCCGAAGGAUAGACAUACUAGCAUAUAUGAACUAAGCAUGAAUUGAAACUUAUUAUUCCACCGAUUGAAUCGUUUAUAGCAGCUAUUCCCAAUAUGUGGUCCUGUAUUAUUACGGGUCCGAUAAUC